UGGAAUUGGUUCGCUUUUUUGGUUCUUUUGUUCAAGUGACUUGACUUGAGUAAACGGUUGUUCAUUCAUGAUAUUCAGAAACAGGGAUGGCAACUGAAACUGCAACUGGCAAGAAACUACUCGAACUAGCAUUAUUUCUUUUAAAGGAAUAUCAUUAUUAAAUGAAUAUGUGAAUGUGAGUGUGAAAAUUUGAAUAAAUGAGACACCGUUUAUUUAUGACAAAUGAAACGGACAGCAGUGCCUCAGUCACAUGAGUCUUCGCCUCGUAGUUUCUUCACAUUUUCAACCGAGAGUCAGAGCCCAAAACUCUUCCUUACCCCCUUGCAGUUUGCAGUGGUGCUUGCAUGUAAUCUGCAACCAAGGUAAGUAGGGCUUUCUUUAUGCUUAUUUAUCUCCCUCUCAAGUAAAGCAAAAGCAAAAGCAGAAGCUGUUCUCCACCAUGUCCAUGAUUUGGAUUGUUUUCUUUUCCUUGUCUUGUGCUGUUGUUUCUUCACUCACCUCCGAUGGGGUGACUCUCUUGUCACUCUUGAGGCACUGGACAUCCGUGCCUCCUUCCAUAAACGCCACCUGGCUUGCCUCCGAUACCACUCCAUGCUCCUCCUGGGUAGGAGUACAAUGUGACCAUUCCCACCAUGUCGUCAACCUUACCCUCCCAGAUUAUGGUAUUGCCGGUCAAUUAGGACCUGAAAUUGGAAAUUUAAGUCGCCUAGAGUACUUAGAACUUGCUAGCAACAACCUUACUGGUCAAAUACCUGACGCCUUCAAAAACAUGCACAACCUCAAUUUACUCAGCCUUCCAUAUAAUCAACUGUCUGGUGAAAUUCCAGAUUCCUUGACUCAUGCUCCCCAACUAAAUCUUGUUGAUCUUUCUCAUAACACUUUAAGUGGAUCCAUCCCCACAAGUAUUGGGAACAUGACUCAGCUCUUGCAGUUGUAUCUUCAGAGUAACCAGUUGUCUGGGACAAUUCCCUCAUCCAUUGGGAACUGCAGCAAAUUACAAGAAUUGUUUUUGGAUAAAAAUCACUUGGAGGGUAUCCUGCCUCAGAGUCUUAACAAUCUCAAUGAUCUUGCUUAUUUUGAUGUUGCCAGCAAUAGACUUAAGGGUACCAUUCCUUUUGGUUCUGCUGCCAGUUGUAAAAAUUUGAAGAAUUUGGAUCUCUCAUUCAAUGACUUUAGUGGAGGCCUUCCCUCAAGCUUGGGGAACUGUAGCGCUUUAUCUGAAUUUUCUGCCGUGAACUGCAAUUUGGAUGGCAAUAUUCCUCCCUCCUUUGGUCUACUGACCAAGCUUUCUAUUCUAUACCUUCCCGAGAACCACUUAUCUGGAAAAGUACCUCCAGAAAUUGGCAACUGCAUGUCUUUGACAGAGUUACAUCUGUAUUCCAAUCAACUUGAGGGAAACAUUCCAAGUGAACUGGGAAAACUUAGAAAACUAGUGGAUCUUGAAUUGUUUUCAAAUCAAUUGACGGGUGAAAUUCCACUCAGCAUCUGGAAGAUUAAAUCUCUGAAGCAUCUCCUUGUGUAUAAUAACAGUCUUUCUGGGGAACUUCCUUUGGAGAUGACAGAGCUCAAGCAACUGAAAAACAUCUCAUUGUUUAGCAACCAGUUCUCCGGAGUCAUACCGCAAAGCUUGGGAAUUAACAGCAGUUUAGUUCUUUUGGAUUUUACAAAUAAUAAAUUCACUGGCAACAUCCCACCAAAUCUGUGUUUUGGCAAGAAAUUAAACAUCCUGAAUUUGGGCAUCAACCAACUUCAAGGCAGCAUUCCUCCUGAUGUUGGGAGAUGUACAACCCUUAGAAGGUUAAUUCUUCAACAAAAUAACUUUACUGGGCCUCUUCCUGAUUUCAAAAGCAAUCCAAAUCUCGAACAUAUGGAUAUCAGCAGCAACAAAAUCCAUGGUGAAAUUCCAUCAAGUUUGCGAAAUUGCAGACAUAUCACUCACCUAAUUUUGUCCAUGAACAAAUUUAAUGGGCCUAUACCCUCAGAGCUAGGGAACAUUGUCAAUCUUCAAACUUUGAAUCUCGCUCACAACAACUUAGAAGGUCCUUUGCCCUCUCAGCUGUCAAAGUGUACCAAAAUGGACAGGUUUGAUGUUGGAUUUAAUUUCCUAAAUGGUUCAUUGCCAUCAGGUCUGCAGAGCUGGACAAGGCUAACCACAUUAAUUUUGAGUGAGAAUCACUUUAGUGGGGGCCUCCCAGCUUUCUUGUCGGAAUAUAAAAUGCUUUCUGAACUACAACUUGGUGGCAAUAUGUUUGGUGGCAGAAUUCCUAGAUCGGUUGGAGCAUUGCAGAGUUUGAGGUAUGGUAUGAAUCUGAGUUCAAAUGGGCUGAUAGGAGACAUUCCUGUUGAGAUUGGAAACUUGAACUUUUUGGAAAGACUGGAUCUGUCUCAGAACAAUUUGACCGGAAGCAUAGAAGUUCUUGGUGAACUCCUCUCCUUAGUUGAAGUCAAUAUUUCAUACAAUUCUUUUCAUGGUCGUGUACCAAAGAAGCUAAUGAAAUUGCUCAAGUCUCCCUUGUCAUCAUUUUUGGGCAAUCCUGGCCUAUGUACCACCACCAGGUGUUCAGCAUCUGAUGGCUUGGCUUGCACUGCAAGAAGCUCUAUAAAACCAUGUGAUGACAAAUCUACUAAACAGAAAGGCCUCAGUAAAGUUGAAAUUGUGAUGAUAGCUCUCGGGUCCUCAAUACUUGUUGUUUUGCUGUUGCUGGGAUUAGUUUAUAUUUUUUAUUUUGGAAGAAAAGCUUACCAGGAAGUCCAUAUCUUUGCUGAAGGGGGUUCUUCUUCCCUUCUUAACGAAGUCAUGGAGGCUACAGCAAACCUAAAUGAUCGGUAUAUUAUUGGCAGAGGAGCCUAUGGAGUUGUUUAUAAAGCCCUGGUGGGUCCAGACAAAGCCUUUGCUGCGAAGAAGAUAGGAUUUGCUGCGAGCAAAGGUAAGAACUUGAGCAUGGCCAGAGAAAUUGAAACCCUUGGGAAAAUUCGGCAUCGAAAUCUGGUCAAAUUGGAAGACUUUUGGUUGAGAGAAGAUUAUGGUAUAAUUUUGUACAGCUACAUGGCAAAUGGAAGUCUUCAUGAUGUUUUGCACGAAAAGACACCACCACUAACCUUAGAGUGGAAUGUCCGGAAUAAGAUAGCUGUUGGAAUUGCUCAUGGAUUGGCUUAUCUCCAUUAUGACUGUGAUCCUCCCAUAGUGCACCGAGACAUCAAGCCAAGCAAUAUACUUCUAGACUCUGAUAUGGAGCCUCACAUUGCUGACUUUGGUAUUGCCAAACUUCUGGAUCAGUCUUCUGCUUCAAAUCCUUCCAUUUCUGUUCCGGGUACAAUUGGCUAUAUUGCACCAGAGAAUGCUUAUACAACAACAAAUAGUAGGGAGUCUGAUGUAUACAGUUACGGGGUAGUUUUGCUUGAGCUGAUAACCAGAAAGAAGGCAGCAGAAUCAGAUCCUUCCUUCAUGGAGGGUACUAUAGUAGUGGAUUGGGUUAGGUCUGUGUGGAGGGAAACAGGAGACAUUAAUCAAAUUGUUGAUUCAAGCCUUGCAGAGGAAUUUCUAGAUAUCCAUAUAAUGGAAAAUAUUACCAAAGUGCUUAUGGUGGCUCUGAGAUGUACUGAGAAGGAUCCACACAAGAGACCCACAAUGAGAGAUGUUACCAAGCAGUUAGCAGAUGCUAAUCCACGGGCAAGAAGUACAAAGGGCUAGGUAAUGGUAUGGUAUCUAUGAGAAUGCAUUUUCCUCCUUAUCUGGCACAAGCGUGGAUGCAAUUUACAUAGGCAAGCUGUAGCUACUAGUUGUGCUUGUGCCAUUUGAAUCUCAGUUGCUAAAUACUUCUUCAUGUGUUUGAUUAUCGCACAAACUAUAUAAAUAAUAGGUAGUUAUCUGCGCAAUCGCUCCUUACCGUUUGGUUAA